UGUCGUGACGUCACGUCUGGAGUCGCAGUGUAAAAUGUAACUACUAUAUCCACAUACAUGUGCGCAAGACUUUAGAUCAACACAAAACCAGCAUGGAAUUAUCACACCAACAACCCCAGAGAAGAAACCACAACAAAGGCUCGAACUAACCAACUUCAGAAAAAAAAAAAGACACUCUGGACUGUGUGUUCCGGGUUUUCGCGCUGACACCAUCUCUGUUUGGAAGCCGAAGUGUCGUUUGAAGUUGAAGCGUUGUAGUUGCGUUCGCGCAUGCAUGGACUUGAUUGUUUAUAUAGUUUUGGAGGAGUUUAUUAGAAGAAAGUGCAAUGACUACAAACUACAGUGAGGAACUGGACUUCAGACUCAUAUUUGGGGAAACCAGUCAUAAUCAUAAUCUUCAUCAGUCCUCGCUGGGCCACACAGAAUCCAGAUUGGAUGAUGAUGCCAACUGCUACCCUCUCUUUGCUUCUGGGUCCCACCAUCCUACAGUACAACAGGACAGCUGCUCAUCACAGCUGUAUGCUGCCCCUCACCCUGGUUCUGUCCAACCUAUGGAGUCCCCCAGCAGGGUAUUUGACUGUCCAAGCAUCCAGAUCACCUCGAUCUCAACCAACUGCCACCAGGACCUAGGUAUCCACCAGUUGGACCAGCUGGCAGGUGCUUGUGGGGAAGGCGGAGCUGGCUCUCUAUCAAGGGACCAGCUAUUUCCCUUACCACUGGAUCCGUCCUACAGGGACUCCUCCUCACUGUGUCCUAGUCCCUGCAGUAGCUUGUCCUCUCGCAGCUGGUUGUCCGACGCCUCAUCUUGUGAAUCCUUCUCGCAUGUCUAUGAUGAUGUGGAGGCAGAGCUGAAUGAAGCGGCAGCUCGAGUGCGGCUAGCUUCUCCUCUAGUGUCACCACUGGUGUCUCCUCUACCAUCCCCCCUCACGUCUCCCCAGGCAUCCCCUCAAGUGUCUCCACUCGUCUCCCCCUUUGGUUCUCCCAGCUGUUUAGCUGCAUAUGGAGAUGAUCCUUGGUACCGUUACCAGCAACAACAGCAGCAACAUCUGCAAUAUCAAUAUGCCCAAUCGCUGUCGCCCUAUCAGUCACCCCGCACCAGUGUCACAGAGGACUCAUGGCUCAAUCCUCGCCCACACUCCUCGUCCUCACGGCCUUCCUCUCGGCCAACCUCGCCAUGUGGAAAAAGGCGACAUUCCAGUGCAGAGGUCAUUCCAGGUUUGGCCUCUCCUCACCUGUCACCCAACGCCACACCCUCUCACUCACCUCGGGGAAGUGUCACAGAGGAGACUUGGUUGGGAGGUGCAACAUUUGCCCCCUACCAGACCUUUCCAUUGGACAUUGAUAUCCCAUCCAAAACACGAAGAACGUAUCAUACCAACCACAACCAGGAUCAAGUGUCUCUGUUGCCUGGACAAGAGAACUCAGGUCUUCAAGACCAAGACCUUGCAAACCCAUCACUAAACUCAGGCAUAGCCGUGUCCCUCCCCAGUUUGAAGAAAGAGGAUAUAGUGGAACAUUUCUUAGCCGUCCCAACGCACUUCCCUUGGGCUAAACCUAAACAAGUCAACACUCCUUUAUACAGGUCCACAUCUUUACCUCCACUGGAUUGUCCUCUUCCCAGUCAGUUUGGCCAAUAUGAGUUAAAAAUUGAGAUCCAACCUAAAUCUCACCACAGAGCCCAUUACGAGACGGAGGGCAGUCGAGGAGCCAUUAAAUCAGACUGUGGAAGACACCCUGUUGUAAAGCUUAUAGGAUACAAUGAGAAGCCCAUCAGCCUGCAGAUGUUCAUCGGGACGGCAGACGAGCGUUACAUCAGGCCACACCUGUUCUAUCAGGUGCACAGGAUAACAGGGAAAACCGUAGCGACGCCCAGUCAAGAGACAGUGAUCGCCAACACCAAAGUUCUUGAAAUUCCUCUCCUGCCUGAAAACAACAUGUCUGCCAGCAUUGACUGUGCUGGAAUCCUGAAGCUGCGGAACUCAGACAUCGAGUUGCGGAAAGGAGAAACGGACAUCGGCCGUAAGAACACACGUGUGCGUGCUGUAUUCCGUGUUCAGAUCCCUCAGCACAAUGGAAAAGUGCUGUCACUGCAGGUGGCUUCUGUACCCAUAGAAUGCUCUCAACGCUUAGCUCAAGAGCUUCCCCAGAUCGAUAAUUUCAGUCCCGCCUGUGGAUCAAUGACUGGAGGAGAGGAGAUGACAAUCACUGGCCCAAAUAUCAACCCAGAGUCAGUAGUCAUCUUCCAAGAAAAGGGCUCUGAUGGUAAAACACAAUGGGAGGCUGAAGUGAAAGCUAUACCAGAAAAGAGUACAAAUAGAAGCAUAGUGGUGAAGAUUCCUCCGUAUCACAAGAAAACCAUGGUUUCCUCCACCCAGGUGCAGUUCUCAGUCAGCAAUGGCAAGAGGAAGAAAAGUGCCUCACAGUUCUUCACCUAUCUUUCAGCAGUGCAGGUAAAACAGGAGUUUGGUAUGGGGACGGAUCUUGCCACCAAUGAUCUUGCAAGGCAAAAUCCCACCACCUCCCCAGCAGGCUUCAUCACCACUGGGGAUCCAAUAACAUCUGAACAGGCCCAGCCCCUUGAGCAGUGGCUGCUGUCUGGAGGAUCAGUCUGUGCUCCAUCUUCAACUCAUAUCAGUUACUCACCUCAGGAUUCUUCAUAUCUGAACCACCCUCAUCUUCCAGACAGCAGUCUUAGUGCUGGAGAAGACCUCCACACCAUGUUCUACCACCCAUCAGUGGACUUCACCAAGUCUUCAUACCAGAAACCUCAAGAGAACCUUUCUUACAAAGGACAACCGAAUCUUCCCAUUGACAGUGGCUUACUGCAAGGUGGCGAGUCAUCCCAAAUCUUUAUCGAGCAACCAAGGUCUCAACUAGGCAAAGAAUACCAAGGAAUGCCUUUAGAAAAAGGCCAUAAUCUUCACCACCUUGGCCCCUCCUUAGCAUCCAACCUGUCUGUGUUAACUAGCCCAACUGUUGAUAGAUCUGGUCUGCGCCCUGUGGAGCUGAUGCAAUUCCCACAGUCCUCCUCGUCCCAGGUGCCUCCUCAUCGUCAUCACUCCACUCUUGCUACAGUGCCUUCUAUCUCAUCAUCUACCAGAGAGUGCUUGAAGGACCCUCAAUCCAUCAAAGGUACAUCUCACCAGGUAGCCAGAAAAAGUGCAGACCCAUUGGGUUACAGUAUGUCACAAGGUGGAGAAAGCCUUAAUGUUAAACAGGAACCAGAUGAAGAGAAAGAGCUAACCUUUCAGACCACAGGACUGCAGGAUAUCACUCUUGAUGAUGUAAGUGAGAUCAUUGUCAGAGACUUGUUCGAAAUUCCAGACUCAGAGGAUACCAACAGUGUGCCAUAGCUCCACUCUCAUGGGCGAUGGGUCCCACAGAUCACAAAAUUAAUCUUCCACAGGACUUUAGUACUGCAACCAUUAGUGAACUGAUUAACAGAAGCAUGGACAUCUCAUUAUAACUGCUUUGACUGCGGAAGUCUCUUCCAUCAUACAUUUACUGCACCUGUGGAAAAGACGUUUAUUAUGAGCAAUACCAUUAGGAUUUUAAACAUUGUUAAACUGGGCAUGUAAAAUGUACUUUCAAAUGUACAAGUCCGUUUGUGCCUUAACCUGACAUGCCUUUUAUCCUAUUUGAAUGUUUCAGUUGUGUUUAGUUGUCUCUUAAUUUGGAUUUUUAAUGUAGUUGAAAAAUCCAAAUCUAUUCUUGUACGGUUUUAGAUGAUUAAUUAUGAAAAAGAAAUAUACAUCAGCAUGUAGCAUAUGAGAGAGUCCAAUGUUUCUGUUAGCUGAGUUUCACUUUAAUCCACUGUGAUACCUGUUUGACAUCUCAAUAGAUUAUUUUCUCAUGCUUUUUAUCAUUGCUCAAUAGUUUUUCAAAAUGAAAUUGUAUUUAUGAAUUUUUACUGAACAUAAAAGAGGUUUUGUGACA